CAGUGUUCUGGUGGUCGUGGUGAAGGUUGGUUGUGUGAUAGUGUUGAUCAGUGUGCUGGAACCUCAACAUUACCUCGCAACACAAACACAUUGUCGUGCAUAGAGUACAGAACUCGCUGCAACACUCUGCUGUAGUACAUAGAGUACAGAACUCGCUGCAAAACUCUGCUGUAGUACACAGAGUACAGAACUCGCUGCAACACAUUGCUGUAGCGACCAACCCGUAAGAAUAUUAAUUGACGGGAAUUACCUGAAGGUUUUCAACAUUCUUGACCAAGAUUCUUGGUUAGGAUUCUUCACCAAGAAGAUUCUUGACCUAAAUUUUUGGCCAGUAAUAUUCUUCAACCAAGAUUCCUAUGACAGAUUCAAACAUUUCUCAACACGUCAGAAAAUUUUAAAACUUCCAAAGAUGUGGCAUUCACAAUGCCUUGUGGUGGCACUGCUGGCAGCGUCGGUGUGUCAGAAUGCCAGGGCCAGUCCUCAGGAUGCCAAGAGGGUCAGAAGACAAGGUAAUAGCGGCGUGGAAACUAUUGUGUUCGGUGGGUCGACACAGCGGGAUCCUGACCAGUGCAGGACACCUGACGGAGAUGGUGGCAGGUGUGUCAGAAUGCUGGACUGUACUGCCAUCUAUGACCAGUUCAGGAGCAACCCCACGCCAGAGUUCCUGACCUUCCUGAGAAGGAGCAUCUGCAGGUUUGAGAAGACGACUCCUAUCAUAUGCUGCAGCAACACCAUCCUCUCUUCUCUGAUCAGUUCUUCAACUACUCCAGCCUCCACCACUACUUCCUCCACCACUACUGCCUCCACUACUACUGCCUCCACCACUACUGCCUCCACCACUACUACCUCCACCACUACCACUACAACUUCCACCACAACAACUUCGACGACCACCACGGAGGUGCCAUUGACGACAGCUGAAGUGCCAUCCACGACCACGGAGGCGCCAACAACGACAACUGUCUCCUCAACCACGACCCCUGUGCCAGAAACAACGACCACGACUCCACCGCCUCCUACAGGAAUCCGGCUUCUGCCGCAAGAUGUCUGUGGGAUAUCUAAUGUGAACACUAUUAGGAUAGUAGGGGGAACACCGCCUCCCAAAAAUCUGUACCCAUGGUUGGCUGCUCUGGGUUACGUUGACGGUCAAGGGAAGGUUGAGUUCCUGUGUGGUGCUGCACUCAUCACCCACCAGCACCUGGUCACCGCUGCUCACUGUGUCAGGAGUCGCAGCGACCUGAAGAUCGUCAGGUUGGGUGAGCACGACCUCAGCAUAUCGAACGAAACAGUUCACGAAGACUUCAAUAUCAUGAGCCAGAGUUUCCACGAGAACUUCGAUCCCAUCUCCUACGCCAACGAUAUAGCUGUUAUUAAGAUGGAUAGACCCGCUACUUUUAGGAAAGGUAUCAACGCCGUGUGUCUGCCUCUUCCUGGCAAAUUCCGGGAGGACUCCUUGGUCGGUACUUCUGGUAUCGUGGCAGGAUGGGGCGCUGUCUCCUUCAAUAACGUGUCGUCACCAACACUGCUGCACGUGCUCCUGCCGGUGAUCGGGGAGUCAGAGUGUGCACUGAAGUACACCCGCUUCCGGCAGGUGAAGAUCAACAACACUACCAUGUGUGCUGGUGUUGGAGGACGCGACGCCUGCCAGGGUGACUCAGGAGGACCCAUGGUGAUGCACUUCCACUCCAAAACCUUCCUGGUCGGUGUGGUCUCCUUUGGCUUCCGCUGCGCUGAGCCCAACUUCCCAGGAGUGUACACCAGGGUCAAAGCCUACCUCGACUGGAUUUUGUCCAACCUUAACUAAUUUGCUUUGAAGACACCGGAAGGAGGAUCAAGCCUUCAUUACGUGUGAGGAAUGACCCAUAUGGGUUUAGUGCCUCACAGUAAUGCCUAAUAUUAGGAGGUAACAGCGCGGGGAAUAUUUAUUAUUAUUAUUAUGCGCUAAACCAGAAAGGGUCAUAUAGUGCCUGCUGAAUAGAAGGCAAUGAGUUGUGAUCCAAGGUAAUGAAGGGUAGCUUCAGUUCCUUGGAUCAAAAGAACAUCAACAGUAUGAAGGUACUUUUCUCCCGCUUAAAGGAAUCAGUAAAUACUUAA